AUGGAAAUAAAAGAAAACAAAAGUAAAGAGGAGGGGAACGUGUUGAAGGAGUUGACGAAGGAGUUGAGGGUUGUGCUUACGCGCACCCCGACACCGGUAGGGCCUCAGGCCGACAGGAGGGUUUCGGAGUCCGAUUCGGACGCGGCGGCGAGCAUGGCGUCCGCUGCCAGUCGUGUUGGGUCCCUGGAAGUAUUGAACCGGGACGAUCUCGGUAGGUUUUGGAGUGAGGGUCGCGGGCAAAAGCGCCCCAGUGAGGUAGAUAUGGCAGGCUGGUCUGAUGAGGAAAGGUCAGAGGCAUCAGUCUGCAGAGGGCCUCGUACAGAAAAGAGGGCCCAGGCAAAAGCAGCUAGGCAGAGGGCUGAGGAAGACCUCGCCAGGGAGGCAAAUAUCGCCCGCUUUCGGCGGGAGACCCGGGCUAAGCUGUUUCCGGAGCCCAAGCAGAGGAUGGAAGAGAGGGGGGCAGCCCAGCUGCAGGAGCAAGUAAAGGAGGACUUGGAGGUCAUCACCAAGGUAGCCACCAAGUCCUCCAACCUGAAGGGUACAUUCGUGCGGACCCUUAAGGACGCCGCGGCAUCUAUUAAGGAAGCCGUGGAAGUCCUCGGGGCCCGCACAGUCACGGAAGAGACGCGGCACUUGCAGGCGGACAACGCCCGCCUAAGAGCCGAGAUGGCCAGCCUCCGCAAGGAGCUGGCAGAACUACGGGAGGAAAUGCAGAGAGGGCGGACACAAGGUCCCGCCCCCACAGCCACGGACAUGACCGCGGAGGCCGCCCCUACAGGGCCCUCCCAACUAGAGGAGAUCUGUCGGACGGUGAUGGUCCAGGUGGGCGGGAUGUUAAAUGCCCGCCUGGCCUCGUUUGAAGACAGGCUCCUCCCGGAGAAAAGAUUGCGGCCGCCGCUGGCGGCCGACAAGAGAAACAGCGGACGCUCUUACGCGGCGGCGCUCUCGGGGCCAGCACCGGUAUCAGCACCGGUGCCAACUCCACGAGUACAGGGCAAGGCGCCCCCAGCGCCGCCAGCCAAACCUGGCGCCAGCGGGCUCCCGCGGCAGGCGCCCGGUUUGUCCACGCAGCGCCCUGCGGCGUCCGCACAAAUUCAAAUUCGUCCGUCCCAAGCCCAAGCGCGGGCUACAAAAGGAGGCAAUUCUUCUACCCCGCAUUCGGAGGGGGAGAAGAGAAAAAAGAAAAAGAAGAAGAAGAAGAAAACAAAAAGUAGUCCUCCACAGGGGCAUCAGCAGCCGCCGCAGCCGCCGCAGCUUAUUGAGUUCCCGUGGAUUAAGGUGGGGCCUAAAAAGCGGCCCGACGCAAAGAGUCGCGCCCGUAAGCUCCAAGCACCCCAGACGUCAGCAGUCGUCCUGACGUUGCAACCGGGGGCGGAAGAGAAGGGCGCGACCUAUGCGAAGGUGAUUGCCGCGGCAAAAGAAAAAAUUGACGUGGCAGAAUUCGGUGGCCAGGGGGUCCGACUUCGAAAGGCAGCCAAUGGAGGCCGCCUUUUCGAAUUCCCAGGGGCCUCCAGUGGUGAAAAGGCGGACUCCCUGGCUCAAAAGCUGCGGGAGGUCUUAGGUAGCGAAGUCGUCCGGGUCUCCAGGCCCAUGAAAAUGGCUAGCCUACGGGUUACGGGUCUGGACGACUCCGUUACCAGUGCCGAGGUGGUCGCCGCUGUUGCGGCGGCAGGAGUAUGUCCAGCGGAACAAGUGCGGGCUGGAGGAAUAAACGCCGGCCGCGACGGACUUGGGUCAAUCAUUGUUACCUGUCCCGUCGCAGCUGCGAAAAAAAUUGUAGAGGGCGGAAGGCUGCUCGUGGGCUGGGUGUCCGCGCAGAUUCAGCUUCUGGACGCCCGGCCCCUUAUGUGCUAUAAGUGUCACGAACGUGGGCACACGGUGGGCCAAUGCAGCGAAGAGGUUGAUCGCAGCGCUUUGUGUUACCGUUGCGGUCAACCGGGCCACAAGGCCCGCGAGUGCUCCGCGGCACUGUGCUGCGCGGUUUGCACUGCCGCUGGCAGGCCGGCAGGCCACCGCGCGGGCAGCAGAGCCUGCGUCUCCCCACCCAAGGGGAAAAAGAAGGGAGGAAAAGGCAGUUCGAGCCAGGUGGCCGGUCAGUCUUCUUCCUCGCCCCAGGCGGUAGCGCCAGUGGCUGAGGAGGUUCCAAUGGUCGAAGGUUAA